AUGAAGCCCACUUACUGCCAAUUUCCGGAAGAAUUCCGUGCUGAUGCGAUUGAUGUACCUUUCACUCCAGAACGUGAACCUUUACGUCGACGCAAUAUUCGAGCAUUCUUUGACCGCAUAAGGUCCGCGGCAACCGCGAGCCACCAACGAGCGCGAACGAACGACGACCGAUCAGCGAACAGGCCGUUACGAGAGCUGUGCAGCCGUCAGCAAUAA